AUGCCAACCCGACUUCUACCAUUGCAACUCCCUCAAAAGGUGGAAAGAGAAAAGGCUCGGAUGCUGGAGCUCCUACAGCAAAACUACUACUACAACAAUGACGCCGAUCACUCUUCCAUCUACUACACCCACACCUCCAGCUCUUCCUCGUCCGACAUCGCCUCACCACUGCCCAUCACACCAACCUUUUCGCGCCCCAGCCACUCGCGUUGCUCUGGUUCGACCUCUUCGCUCGAGAACAUCAUGUCUCCGAAUGCCUCCUCCGAGUGCCCCAUCUCGCCAUUACAACAAACGCAUACCAACAAGACCAACAAGACCCAGCUCCCCGACGUGCAAGAGUCCCCAUUGGAGAGAAAUUCGGUCGACAUCUAUGAGGACGAGGACGAGUACGACCUUUACUCCGGUGCAGACGAGGCCAGCCUAGGGGGUCUUUACGAUUGCCUGUGCGACGAGGCAUGCGACCACCACAACGAUGUGGCCCGACCUUCCAUGACUUCGGAGUUCGACUGCGACCUCAGCUUUUUGAGCGAAGUGGAUUUCAGCGAUAGUUUAGGGUCAAAAAAGAGGAGGCAUGGAUCAGAUGCCGGAAUGUCAUCUUGGAGUUCGAGAAUAGGGUCAAAGCUCCCGAGCUUUCCAGGGUGGGGAUCCACGUCGAGGCGAAACCAGUUUGCUUCUGCACCCGCCUCCGUCUCGUCGCUUGUCCAGCGUCCCAGCAUUUCCCGAACCUUUUCCCGUGCUGCCUCGAGCAGGUCAUCGUCGAUAUCCCCUUCGAUGCGACGCCCUUCUGAGCAACUGCAACAGCCACAGCAACAACAACCACCGCAUUUCACCGAAUCACCUCUUCCCACCACCCCUGCGCUCUCUUUCUAUGGCAGCGCCGACGAAACUGUUUCUCCUGCUUCCCCGCUUCAGGAUGCGCAGGUAGCCGCUGGAAAAAGCCUGGAACGGGAGCGUGCCUUGGCUGCCACUCCUCUCCUGCCUCCUUUAUUCACCGAAAGUCCAGCAACCCAAGGAAACGCGCAGUCGCUUCAAACAUCACCUAACCCCCAAUACUACCCUACGCCACCGCUGAGUUCCAAGGCAUCAGUAGCAUCGUUCCGCCGCGCAACUGCGAGUACCAUCAGUGAACUACCUUCGCCGCUUCCCUUUCUUGAGGACCAGGAUGCUUGGUCAGAUCGUCUAGGACACGCCAACUUUACGAUUGAGCCCAGGCCCUAUGUACCAGACACGGCGGAUUUGGCGACAUACGAGGCCUUCCGUGCUGAUUGGAACCAAGCCAGGAUCAACUUUACCAAACACCUUGUCCGGACUGGGGAACACUACGGCCUGACGUCAAUUACGUACGGUUAUACCCAAGAAAAAUGGGCAGAGUUGGAGCAGGAAUGGAGCCGGGCUGAGGAGGAUCUUAUUCAACGACUGGAACCACAGUUGACCAGGGCGACUACAACACUGCUCCGUCGAGCUACUGAGGAUGUGCUCCCAGCUGCCGUCCCCGAAAUGCUGACGGAUGAGGGCAAGUUUCCGGACCGCGGCGAUGUGGACAUUGUUGGACCAAUGGUCCGCGAUGCCGUCAUGGCCGGACACGAUGAUAAGAAGAACAGCGCCUCCCUUUGGCUCAAAAACAUCGUGGAUAAAGUGGGGCGCCGGAAGUGA